AUGGCCACCCAAAGACUCCUCACGGCCGUGGCGAUAGCCCGUGUGGUGAUGAAACUGGGAUCCAGAGUAGACGUGCCGUCCCAUACUAAGACCACUCAUCGAACUUUGAAGCCCUAUUAUUUACAUAGAGAUAAUGGUUCAACAUUAGUUGCUAGAUUUACGUGUGGCAGCAGCAAUUUAAAGGCACUUACUGUGAUGCGAUGUUUGGGGAACAUUUUGCAUUGGGGCCUGAAAGCUUCGGCGGGGACUCAGACUCAUGUCCCCUUGAUGAGAGGUCGAAAGUCAGGCUAUGAUGAAAUACUCUAUAUGAGGAGAAAAAAUACACACUUUGGCCUGAGUUUGAAACUACACUACCACGAGUGA